UCUUCUCAAUAUAUACGACUGCCCCCGCCCCCUCCUCCAUCCCAGGGCGGGCACCCCCCGAGGUGGCGGCGCGUCCCGGCUGCGCCUUCGGGAGACUGGCGCUGGCGCCGGCUGGGAGAGGAGCUGGUGCUCGGAAGGGGUCUCUUAACAGACGGGCGCAGUUGGGACCCCAUGGGGGGGACCCCGAGGAUGAAGCGGCAAGUAUCGCGAGAGAGCCCCCUCCCCCGCCGCGUCCCGCGUCCCCUCCCACCCCAGCGCCCCAGAUGGCGGCGCGCGGGGCCCGGCCGGGCGGGGCGGACAGGGAAGGGGCGGCGUGGGUGACCUCAGCGGUUCCGCCGCUCCGGGAAGUCGCCUCGGCCCGCCCCCUCCAGCCCCCGCCCCGAGUUUCGCUCUCUCCGGGGCGGGGCAAGCGGCGAGUGCUGCCGGGCCAGCCAAGUUGGAGCGCGCCCCGCCCGGCGCCCUCCCCGUCCCCGCGCCCUCCCCGCCGGGGCGCGCUGCCCGCAGCUCCGCACGCGCCGGGGCGGCACCGGGGAGGGCGCGCGGCGCGGGAAGCGGCCGGAGAGGAGCUCGGGGCGGCGGAGGUGAUGACCGCGGCGGCAUGGAGUUCCCGGAGCACGGCGGGCGGCUGCUGGGCCGCCUGAGGCAGCAGCGCGAGCUGGGCUUCCUGUGCGACUGCACCGUGCUGGUGGGCGACGCGCGCUUCCCGGCCCACCGCGCUGUGCUGGCCGCGUGCAGCGUCUACUUCCAUCUCUUCUACAGGGACCAGCCUUCGGGCAGCCGCGACACGGUGCGGCUCAACGGCGACAUCGUUACGGCUCCUGCCUUCGGCCGUCUGCUGGACUUCAUGUAUGAGGGCCGCUUGGACCUGCGCAGCCUGCCCGUCGAGGACGUCCUGGCCGCCGCCAGCUACCUGCACAUGUACGACAUCGUCAAGGUCUGCAAGAACAGGCUCCGCGAGAAGGAGCGCGCGCUGCCCCCGGAGACGCCCGCCCCCGGGGCAGAGCCACCGGGUCGGCCUCCGGGCCCUCUGUCUGCCUGGGCCCCCGCGCCCUGUCCAGCUUCUCUGAAGGCCAGGCUCCCUCCCGCUGGGCCAAAGGCCACCCGCCCUCCGCCCGCACCGGGACCUCCCCCUUGGCAGACGCCUAGAGAAUCAGACGGGGCCCUGGACCUGUCGCUGAAGCCCGGCCCGAGGCGGCCGCCCGUCCGCCCACCCUGCGCCCUUCAGACCGCCCCCUGCCGCCAGAAGCAGCCCGGGGCCCAGCCGGUGGUGAAGGAGGAGCCAGACUCGGAGUCCGAGCGGGAGGACGGCAGCAGCAGCCCUCGGAGCGCCCACAGCCCCCUGCGGCCCCCCGGUGUUCCCGCGGCGGAGCCCCUGGUCGGGGGCUUGGGGCCGCUGCCAGUCCGCGGGGUGGGCAGCGGGGCGCCGGGGCCUGAGGCGGAGCGGGGGGAGCUGGAGGCCGCGUUGCGGCCGAGCGGGCGCCUCUGCCUCUGCCCGCUGUGCGGCAAGCUGUUCCCCGGCGCCCACGUGCUGCAGCCGCACCUCAGCGCCCACUUCCGCGAGCGGGACGGCGGCCGCGCGCGGCUCUCACCCGACGGGGCGGCACCCACGUGCCCGCUCUGCAGGAAAACCUUUUCUUGCACGUACACGCUGAAGAGGCACGAGCGCACGCACUCGGGCGAGAAGCCCUACACGUGUGUGCAGUGCGGCAAGAGCUUCCAGUAUUCGCACAACCUGAGCCGCCACGCCGUGGUGCACACACGCGAGAAGCCGCACGCUUGCCGCUGGUGCGAGCGCCGCUUCACGCAGUCGGGGGACCUCUACCGCCACGUCCGCAAGUUCCACUGUGGCCUGGUUAAGUCCCUGCUGGUGUGAGGGCCGCGGGGGGGCCGACGGAGGGGUCGAGGUGGUGUGAGGGCCGGCGGAAGGGCCGAGGGAGCGUGAGGGCCACCGGAGGGGCCGAGGGGGUGUGAGGGCCGCGGAGGGGCCGAGGGACGUGGCGCCCUGAGCUCAGCAGGAGAAGCCCCCAGGGCUGGGCCGGCCCAGCAGAAGGAACCCUGCUGCCCUGGGAAAAUGGCCCCAGACUUGGACAGCCCUCCUCCAGACUUGGCCCUCCGUGCCAGCUCACUCUUGUCCCUGGACCGGACCUGACCAGACACUGAACUCCUGCGUCCAGCCUAUGAACUCCUCUCUCCAGCCUGUCCCAAGGAGUGUCCAAAGGGUCCGAAGGGCCCAAAGGGCCCAGGCUCCCCAGCGAGAGGAGACCAGCUGACCCUCCUCCCAGGCUUUCCUGACCACCCCACGGGCAGGCUCGGGGGCACUCUGUGAGCCUGGCACUGCGCUUGGUGAAGGAUGGCCACUCACACUUGCUGUCAGUGUGAGUCCCAACGGGAGCUCGGAUGGAACAGACCACUCCUGGCAGGUGGCAGUGGGAACCCCUGCGGGGCGCCCCUGGGCACAGUGAGCACCAGCAGGGCCCUCAGGGCACAGCUGGUGUCCCAGGGGUGCGGCCCCAGCAGGAACCGGGAUGGCAGCAGCAGAACCAGCUGGGGGCAGAGGGCUGCGGAGUUGUGGGCGCUGGGGAGGGAGGCAGGCCCUCCGGAGCUCUGGUCCUGCCCACACCGCAACGCAGGGCGGAGAGUGGAGUUUGAAAACAUUUCUCUAGAUACAGAAGGAGGCUCUGGAGGUUGCCAGAUGUUGGUGUGUGGUUGCUGGGCCAUGCCACUCCCCUGCCUGAGCACAGGGACCAGUGUGCCUCCUGGCCUCCCCAGGGAGGUGCCGAGGGGGGCUGGGAAUGCAGCCCCCCGCCUGGAGUAUUCCUGGUCAGUGGUAGGCCUGACCCUGAAGGUCAUCUCUCCACCUGAUCGUGGUCUCCCUGGAGCUACUGGUCAUUGCCAGAGUGCUGUAGGGGGACCAAAGGCUGCAGUUUGGAUCAGAGCCAGGUGGGCAGAGUUUCCUUUCCCUCCGGGGAGUGGGGGGGGGGGGCGGGGUCUGGGUGAAAGCAGGCAUUGCUCGGGGCAGGGUGGGGGGAAGGCAUGUGUCCUCCAGGCAGCGGCCACAGGACCCCACACACUGCUUGCAGAGGCUGAUGCUCCUAAAACACAGAAGGCUGCUGCUUUUGUGCUUGGUGGAGGCACUCCGCCUCGUCUGCCUGCUCCCUGGGCAGGUCUCUGCUGGGUCCCAGUGGGUGGGCAGAGGUGGGGCCGCCCCAGGUUCUGGGGGUCUUGAAGGCGGCAGAGCCGCCCAGACUCCUGGUUUCCCCAGAGCGUGGGCUCUUUCUGCUGUGACCGGAAGUGGUGCUGAGGUCCGAGUUCAAGUUUUAAAUUAUUGCUCGGCUCCUGACAACACUUGAUGUCGUAUUUAUUCGUCUGCCUGAUCUGGAGUGAGAAGACUGUUGGCCUUUGCAGCAGGUGGGCAAGCGGGGGCCAUCCCCCCGCAGGCCCUCAGCCCUCCCGGUGUGUGGGCAAGCUGACCUGCAGACAGAGAGAGCACCGGGGGAAGGGGACCCUGCUUCUGAUUGUCCUGGCUCCCAGCCCUGCACCUCUCGAAGUGCUGGUGGGACCGCACGCACGGGUAAUGUGCUCCAUGAUCGGAUUUCCAUGUGUGAGUGUGUGUGUGAGUGUGUGUGCGUGUGUGAGACAGAGUCUGCCUGUGUGGGCAUCUGUGUCCAGCAGAGGCGGGGCCCGAGCCGGACCAGCACCCGAGCCCCCGCCCCAGCGGGCAGUGGGGAGAUGAAGCCUCAGCCUUGGUUUUCCCCACGGGGUUUCCACUGGGGAAGAAAUUUAUUUUCCUGGGGCAGGAAGCCAGCCUGUCCUGAGUUAUCAACACUGGAUUCAUUGUCUUCUGCAAACAGUUACUGUGAAGUUAAUGUACAGAGAAGUGGUCAGUUUUAUGUUUAACAACUGACACAGUUCAGAUAAAAUAUAUAUAUAUAUAUACACACACGUAUUUAAGACACUAACCGUGUGGGAUCGUGUUGCGGAGGCGUGUGUAGAGAGACCUUGCUGGGGGCGCCUGCUGUGUGGGGCCCUCCUAGACGGCCCAGCCUCCCGCCCCUCGGGCGCCGCUGCCCCUGGGGGGUGUCCUCCGUGUGCCCGGAGGACAGUCGUUGGCGCUCGGCGGGAGGACUUCUGGCAUGUGCCCGCCUGCUGUGACGGUCUCCCCCCUCCCCACCGUGCACGUCGUCGUCUCAGUGGUAAUAAAGCCCACCCCAGGUGGA